CACCAUAAGACGCACCUGACCAUAAGACGCACCUAGGUUUUAGAGGCAUAAAACAAGAAAAAAAAAUAAAGACCAGAGACUGCAGACACAGUACAGGAGAUGACCAGAGACUGCGGACACAGUACAGGAGAUGACCAGAGACUGCAGACACAGUACAGGAGAUGACCAGAGACUGCAGACACACAGUACAGGAGAUGACCAGAGACUGCAGACACAGUACAGAGAUGACCAGAGACUGCAGACACAGUAC